GACUCUCAGAUAUGGUGGCUGCGUAUAACGCGUUUGCAGAGCCUGAGAGUGAAUACCAGGCGCAGGAGAUGAUCAUGGACCUCUACUGUGACCACGAGAGUGCAGUUCAGUGCUUCGUAGACGAGCUGUCCACGUGCAGCAACUCCUCGGGAGCAGAAGGCUUCAUCAUGAUGGCCUCCAAGCUGAAGUGCAUCUGUGACACGUGCCCUGGCGGCAAGACUGCGUGGGCCAAGCUUAUGUACAGCAUGGAGUCCAGUGACGAGGACAGCGGAUCUGGGAUGGUGGGCACGACCACUUUGGCAGAUGGCACUGGCACAACCGGGGCCGACGAUGGCAAUUUCGACAAAGAGUCACUGUGCCCCUUUUACACUUUCGUCCUCUGCGCCGACGAGUAUGCGACGGAUUGCGGCGCCAUUCUCGAGGAGAUGAACGUCAGUUUCUCAGGGGACGCGGUCGCCAUGCUCGAAUCGGAGUGCACGGGCGAUUACGCCCCUGGAGCGGACGACGACGACGACGACGACGACAACACGGGGGACGUUGUCGGAAGUUGUGGCCCGUUCGGCCUGGGAUGGAUCGCCGCGUCGCUGGCCCCAGUGAUGGCGGCGCUUGAGUGCGUGGCGGCCUGA